CUCUUUUUAUACGAAUAAAAAAAAUGGCGUUUCGAUCAGCGAUCCGUAACCAGACGGCAUUCCGUCAUGCCUUCCAGCAACAGCAGCGACUUGCCAAUUAUUUCCAUAGCAACGCUCGAGCACUUGCUCCCAAAGUCGUUGCUACACGUGUGUUGCCUGAACACGCUCAGGCGCGUUUGAAGGCUCAGGAUUUCGACUUGAUUCAAUGGCCACAGGAUUCGCUCAUGCCACGCGACACAUUGUUAAAGGACGUUCAAGGCGCCGAAGGCUUACUAUGUGUGUUGGGUGACAAGAUUGAUAAGGAAUUGUUUGAAGCAGCAGGACCCAAUUUGAAGGUUGUGACCACGAUGAGUGUGGGAUAUGAUCACAUUGAUCUUGCUACGGCCAAGAAGAACAACGUCAAGAUUGGAUAUACCCCCGACGUCUUGACUGACGCAACCGCCGAUCUGACUGUACUGCUCACAUUGGCUGCUGCACGACGCAUGAAGGAGGGUAUCAGAGCAGCCGAGAAUGGCGAGUGGCGUGAAUGGCGACCCAACUGGCUUUGCGGUUACCAAUUUGCCGGUAAGACGCUCGGUAUGGUUGGUAUGGGUCGUAUUGGACAAGCUGUGGCCAACCGUCUGCGUGCAUUUGGCGUCGAGCGCGUGUUGUAUUGGGGUCGUGGUGAGAAAGCUGAACUCAAGGGUAAAGCCGAGUUUGCUUCAAUGGACGAGCUCUUGAAAGAAUCGGACUAUGUGGUUGCAUGCUGUGCAUUGACUCCCGAGACCAAAGAAUUGUUUAAUUAUGAUGCUUUUAAGAAGAUGAAGGAAACUGCUAUCUUUGUCAACUCUGCUCGUGGUGGUGUUGUUAAGCAGGAAGAUUUGGUCCGUGCUUUACAGGAGAACCAAAUUGCCGGUGCUGGCUUGGAUGUCACAACGCCUGAGCCUCUUCCCACUGAUCACCCAUUGUUCAAGUUGGAUAAUUGUGUGAUUCUUCCUCAUAUUGGCAGUGCAACCAUUGAAGCGCGUGAAGUGAUGGGUGACAUCUGCAUCGACAACAUUGCCAACGGCUUGAAGGAUCAGAAGCUUCGUGUUGCUCUGGACUAUUAGAACCACGCAUCCUAUAGAAAAUUGGAACUGCAUAUAUAAAAAAAAUAAUAAUUAAGCAACGGAAUACGACUUCCGAAA